AUGGUGCGGCGGCGCUUGUUUCGAUUGAACACGGGCCUGCUACGCCAAGGGGGCGCGCCCAUGCCGCCACAACUUGCCAACCACCUGGCCCAGCAACGGCUAGAAGGUUUGUUUCUAGAUGAACCGGUUGGCCUCCUAUGGCAGACGCCAACUUCCGCAACGUUGACCACGGACGCCUCCAUGUGCGGAUGGGGUGCCUUGUUGUUUAGGAAUUCGGGGGAAUUUUUGAUCUCUGGCGGCGCUUGGUAUGGAGCGUCUGACAUGAUUUCCCAAGUUGAAGCGCACGUGGCCCACCUGGCCCUACAGGUUUUCCGCCAACAUCUGCGGGGGGCCUCUGGGCAUAUGUGUCGAUAA